CAACGCUGAUUUCUCGAGUAUCACAACGUCAUCAGCAAUCGCCAGUAGUUAAAAUUUGUUCUUAGUUAGUAAUCUUGUAGAAAUGUGGCUAUAUUAUUUUUUACUACUGAGUCCGUUUUUUAUCGGUUCUCAAGCACAUUUACUCGAAGGACUAUAUUGUGGAAAAGAGAAUUGUUAUGAUCUGCUUGGUGUAACGCGAGAUACAACUAAGCAGGUUAUUGGUCGUAAUUAUCGACAGCUAGCCAAAAAGUUUCAUCCUGAUUUGCACAAAGGUAAAAAGGCAAAGCAGGAUGCCGAAGAGGUGUUCAAACGUAUCGCAAGAGCAUACGAAAUUCUACGAGAUGACGAUAGUAGAACGGAUUACAAUUAUAUGCUGGACAAUCCCGACGAAUACUACUCGCAUUUCUAUCGAUACUAUCGACGCCGUACUAAAGUUGAUGUGAGGCUAGUCGUAUUAGCUACCAUUAGCAUUAUCUCCAUAGUGCAAUACUUCUCGCGUAAACAACGAUAUGAAGAAGCUAUCAAAUACUUCAUGACAGUCCCAAAAUAUCGAAACAAGGCACUGGAAAUAAUUAACCAAAAUGGUUCAGUAACAAAAAAGGGAACGUCGAAAUCUAAACUUUCAAAAGGUGAAAUGAAAGAGGAAUCGGAAAAGCAUAUAAGAAAGGUAAUCGAAGAAAAUUUGGACAUCCAAGGAGCGUAUGCUAAACCGCAAAUCACAGAUAUAUUAUGGAUACAGAUUUUGCUUAUUCCCUACACUAUGUUCAAGUACGUAAAAUGGAAUGUAUCAUGGAUAUACAAAUAUUCGCUGUUGAAAAGGCCUUACGACUUAGAAGCUAAAUUAUAUCUCAUACGAAAAAAUAUGAAUCUGGGUGUCCAUCAAUUCAAAGCAAUAGAGAGUGAACAAAUCGACGAGCAUCUUGAAAAAGAACUUUGGAUAAAAUCAAACUAUAAAACGUGGAAGAACGCACAAGAAGAAGAGAUGAAGCGGCAGAUGGCAGAUAAUCCUAGAUAUAAAGCUUAUCGUCGAUACAUGAAAAAUCAUGGGCCUGGAAGAAUAACUUUUGAUGACUAGUUGAACAAAUUAAUAUUUAAAUUAUUUAUUGUAA